GGACUGAUGUACAGACACCAGUUGAGCUCACACCUCCACAAGAGACACAGUCAUGAAGACAAUUGUUAUGUUCCUGUCGGUGGCGGUGGUGGCGUUAGCAACACCCCAAGGCGGCUAUGACACCCCUGGGUCCGGAGGACAAGUCUCUGGGGGUCAGGGGUCCGGCGGGCAAGGGAGUCCGUCAGCCUCUGCACCUGCCUCAUAUGGCGGCCAGGGGUCCGGCAGACCGGGAGGCCAGUUUGUUUACCCACCCGCCCAGUACAACUUUCAGUGGGACGUCAACGACUCUCCUUCAGGCAACUUCUAUGGUCACGAGGAACAGAGGGACGGAGACAACACCCAGGGCAGUUACUACGUGCAGCUGCCUGAUGGUCGCCGUCAGCUGGUUGAGUACUUCGUUGAUCAGUUCGGCUACCACCCCACCGUCACCUACGAGGGCGAGGCCACCUUUCCUGCGGGGGGUGGAGGUGGUGGUGGUGGUGGCGGUGGCUCUCAGGAGGGUUACUACCAGUAGCUGACCCACACUCUUCCCAGCGGCUCUCUUAGACCAGUGAAGGAUACGUGUUGCCGUGUGUUGAGACCUCGGCUGGCACCUUAAGCCUUCAACAUACAACACCUCCUGUCCUGUUACUUUUAUCUGUGUUGUUAGCCAAUAUUUCUCUGUGUUAUUGUUAUAAGAUCUUCACGACGUGUUAUAAAAUAAAUAAAAAAUAUAAAUAAAAACUAAAA